AUGGAUACCAAUGCACACGAUAUUCAAAUUUGUCUAUGCAAAGGUUUAAAUUUUUUAUCUAGAACCUGUUUUGAAUUUGCAUUAAGACACCCAUACAUCUCAUUAUCCACGUUGUGCUUAUCCCUUGUGUACAUUGCCUUCCCACUAAUCUUCUGGGUUUUGGUCUAUUCAUUUCCUCUCAUCGUCUGCACCGGCAUCAUCCUCGGCACCUCCUUCAACAUCCGACGAUCGAAAACGUGCAAAAACGAGCGUGACCCACAAACCGAGCCAUCAUCAGAAGAUGACUCAUCGAGCUCUAAGACCAAUCGAAAGCCCGUCUCGCGAGUCCACUCCGUCAGGCGGAGACGAGCGAAAGAAUUCAAGGAAAACAAGGCAGUCUCGUCCACUAACAAUUCCGACAUGGUGGACAAAAACGCCCUCACCGUAGAAAACAUCCCCAAGGACAUCCGUGAAGUUGAAGUAGUCGACUAUUCGUUAGGCAACACCACCGCCAACAGUUCCUGCUCGGCCUCCGAGAGCUCCAAGCACGAUUUCGACGAGAAUAAUGACGACAAUUUUAGUAAUAACAACAAUUACAACAAUAAUACUAUUAACAGUAACAAUAUUAUCAAGGCUAUCAUGCAAGACAACGAGCCGGAGGACGAUCGACAAAAGAACAAAAUGGACGUCGUGAUUUCGGACAGCGAGCGAACAAAGAGGCUCGAGAGCUUGAUCGCCCGACGGAGGUCGAGGAAGCUGUUGAGCCUCGAGGUCCGGAGGACACUCAUGAAAAAAGACAGAGGGGACCACCACCAUCAUAUUUCUUCCAUUAUUAUUCCGAAAAGCGGAUCGGGCGGGCGGUUCUUGGUGGCGGGUAAUAACCCGCCUAGCCCGGGUUCAGCACCGUCGGUUUUGAUACCAAUUAGGAACCCGUUUGACCUGCCGUACGACCCACAGGAGGAGAAGCCGGACCUAACAGGGGAUGGCUUCGAGCAGGAAUUCAUGCCUGGGAAUGGAAGGGACACGAUGUUCUGCAGGCACGGGAGCUUUAGUUCGGGGGCUUUGUUGCCGGGAGAGAUGAGUGCGAGGGAGGUCUCGUCGUCUUUGCCGGAUUCGAGAUUCGUGCAGAGGAUUUUUUCUUCGCUGGGCUGCCGGCAGUUUAUCGGGCCAGGAGGAAGAGAAUUUGAUAGGGAAUUCACCCCGAUACUGGAGCACGAGCCGUACGAACCACCCGAGUCGGAAGUAACUUUCCACACUCCCCACGGUGACCAUAUCAAGGAAGUCAUCCAAGUGAACGAGAACAAUGGCGACGAAACACAAACACAACCCUCCCAAGAAGAGCAAAAUACAAUCGGCCCACGCUCAUUAUCCCCCUCGUCCCCCUCGUCGGACGAGGAUGCUCCCAUCUUCAGGAUCGACCGAGACGCCAUCUUGAAAUCCCUCUCCUCAAUGGCCCGUCGAAAUAAUUCCCCACUCGACAAAAACACCGAGCAAAGAGAGGACCACUUGGGUAGUGACUUAAGGGAUCGACUCUAUUACUCGGAUAGGAUUGCCCGCCGGCACAUGGCUUCCAACUCAAUCGCCUCCGAUUUGCAGGUGGAGGUCUCGGAGCUCAGCUCACCACCGCUCACGAUUGAUGAGAAUCUCUCGUACCCGGAUUUUGACACGGACUCGUGGGCCGGGUCGUCCCUUCUCGACUUGUCCUUGGCUGAUGAUUACGAACCGGGUCGGGUCGAGUUCUCGGAGAGAAACGAGGCCCUUGAGGAUCCGGAGGAGAUACAGUGUGGUCACCCGUGGUGUGCGAUUGCUGAGUUCCCAGACAGCUGUCGUACGACACGCUCGAUGAAUUUGGAAGACAAGCUUGAUAAGACCUUGCAAAGGUCGUUCAGUCAACUCGCACAAGCUUCAACCCCGUGUAAAGCGAAGAAGCAUGAGGAACAUUUUGAUGCGCUUAAAGAGACAGAUGAGUUGAAAACCGAGGAUGAGAUAUUUGGGAAUGCGAAUGAGCGGCACGAAACGGGAGACCUUGGGGAAGAGAGUGCAAAUUUGUCCGGAGAUUCUGAAGAUAUGUUGGAAGCAGAACAUCUUGAGAUGAUCAUGUCCUCACCAAUUCAGCCUGAAUUAACACAAACUACUGAAGCAAGCGUUAAUCGGUCGGAUCAAGGAACUAAUAUCUACGAAUCGCUCCCUAGCUUGGUGCCGAAUCAUGUGGCUUUCGGGUUCGUUCAAAGUUCCUUGCCGUCACCGAAAUCCGUCCUGCACCCAACGUGUUCGGUGUCGAGUUUUGAUCAUUAUCUUGAUGAAGACAUCCAUCAAACUCCAAUUGCACCCCAGAACUCGACAACUUUCACAGGGCAAUCGGCAGCUCUUCCAGAUUUUGACGGAAGGUCCGAAGUUAUUGAGGUAUUAUCUGAACCUUUGAACACACAUAUAACAGAAGAAGCUGACAGUGGCCGCUCAAGCAUAGAUAGUAGUCGUGAAGCACAUACAGAGCCACUACAGGAAACUAGCCCAUCAUCCAUUAAUGAUGGUGAUGAACAAUCCAGCAAAAAUGUACUAAUCGCUCAAAGUACAGAUCAACCCCACGAACAGAAUCCUCCAGUUUCAACUGAAGAGGAACUAAACGAGCGUAAAGAGAUUAUCAAUGGAGAGGCAACAAAAGGCGAUACCAAUGAAGUGGCUCAUGCAGACUUGCAUGAAGAGCAAGGACCUAACGAGCACAAUCUGAGUAAACCCAAUGAUCAAAAAGGACAAGAAAACUCAACUUCACAUUCGAUUGGUACAAAAGAUGAAAUUGUGAAUUUCGCGACAAACGACAGUACUAUAUUUCAACACUCAGGGCCAAUAGAGGACAAUUUUACCUCCACAUCGUACGAGAAAAAUGAAGAACAAGCAGAAGCAGCACAUAUUCAGACCUCAGACGAAUCAUUGCCAGUUCCCGAGGGAGAACAACACACCAAUGCUAUUUUGACAGAAGAAAAGUCAAAAAUUACACAAUCCGAGCGCUAUACCUCUCCACGUACUUAUAGCCAGCAAAUAAUUGCAAUCUUCAAAUCCACAGAGCUCGAAUGUUGCUCCUGUAAAGAU